AUGAUCUCCACCCGCCUUGCGCGCGCCGGUGCGCUGGCCCCCAAGUUCCGUCUUCUUUCUGGAACCCGGGCCUACGCUACCGUUGACCCUCUCGACAAGAAGGUCGAGAUGACCAACCAGGAAACUGGUCACUACAUCAACUACAAGAAGAUGUCCGAGAACCUCGACAUCGUUCGCUCUCGUCUGCAGCGUCCUCUCACCUUCUCCGAGAAGGUCCUGUACUCUCACCUUGACGACCCUCACGGCCAGGACAUCCAGCGUGGUGUCUCUUACCUCAAGCUGCGUCCCGACCGUGUUGCUUGCCAGGAUGCCACCGCUCAGAUGGCUAUUCUGCAGUUCAUGUCCGCUGGCAUGGACCGUGUCCAGACCCCCACCACCGUCCACUGUGACCACUUGAUCGAGGCCCAGGUUGGAGGUGAGAAGGAUCUUGCUCGUGCCAACGACAUCAACAAGGAGGUCUACGACUUCCUUGCCUCCGCCACUGCCAAGUACAACAUUGGUUUCUGGAAGCCCGGCUCCGGUAUCAUUCACCAGAUCGUUCUUGAGAACUACGCUUUCCCCGGUGGUCUGAUCAUCGGUACCGACUCUCACACCCCUAACGCUGGUGGUCUCGCUACCGCCGCCAUUGGUGUCGGUGGCGCUGAUGCUGUCGACGUCAUGGCUGGUCUCCCCUGGGAGCUGAAGGCCCCCAACGUCAUUGGUGUCCGUCUGACCGGUAAGAUGUCCGGCUGGACCACCCCCAAGGAUAUCAUCCUCAAGGUCGCCGGUCUCCUCACCGUCAAGGGUGGUACUGGUGCUAUCAUUGAGUACCACGGCCCCGGUGUUGAGUCCCUGUCCUGCACUGGUAUGGCUACUAUCUGUAACAUGGGUGCUGAGAUUGGUGCCACCACCUCUAUCUUCCCCUUCAACGACCGUAUGUACGACUACCUGAAGGCCACCAAGCGUCAGCACAUUGGUGACUUCUCUCGCGACUACGCUGCUCAGCUCCGCGAGGAUGAGGGUGCUCAGUACGAUCAGCUCGUUGAGAUCAACCUCGAUGAGCUCGAGCCCCACAUCAACGGUCCCUUCACUCCCGAUCUUGCCACCCCCCUCUCUAAGUUCAAGCAGGCCGUUAAGGACAACAAGUGGCCCGAGGAGCUCAAGGUCGGUCUCAUCGGCUCUUGCACCAACUCCUCCUACGAGGAUAUGUCCCGCUCUGCCUCCAUCGCUCGCGACGCUCUUGACCACGGUCUCAAGUCUAAGUCUCUGUUCACCAUUACCCCCGGUUCCGAGCAGAUUCGCGCCACCAUCGAGCGUGAUGGUCAGCUCCAGACCCUCGAGGAGUACGGCGGUGUCAUCCUUGCCAACGCCUGUGGUCCUUGUAUCGGUCAGUGGGACCGCAAGGACAUCAAGAAGGGCGAGGCCAACUCCAUCAUCUCCUCCUACAACCGUAACUUCACUGGCCGUAACGACGCCAACCCCGCCACCCACGCUUUUGUCGCCUCUCCCGAUCUGGUUGUCGCCAUGACCGUUGCUGGUACCCUCAACUUCAACCCCAUCACCGACACCCUCAAGGACAAGGAUGGCAAGGAGUUCAAGCUCAAGGCUCCCUCGGGUGACGGUCUCCCCACCCGUGGCUACGACGCUGGUCGCGACACCUACCAGGCUCCUCCCGCCGACCGUGCCUCCGUCAACGUCGCUGUCUCCCCUACCAGUGAACGUCUCCAGAUCCUUGCUGGCUUCCCCGCCUGGGAUGGCAAGGACGCCACCGAUCUCCCCAUUCUCAUCAAGUGCCAGGGUAAGACCACCACUGACCACAUCUCCAUGGCUGGCCCGUGGUUGAAGUACCGUGGCCACUUGGACAACAUCUCCAACAACAUGUUGAUCGGUGCCACCAACGCUGAGAACGGUGAGGCCAACAAGGUCAAGAACUACUUCACCAAGGAGUACGACGCCGUUCCCGCCACUGCCCGUGACUACAAGGCCCGCGGCGUCAAGGUAUGCUUCCCCCUGACCUUCUCCGACCCCGCCGACUACGACCGCAUCAACCCCGAGGACAAGGUCGAUCUCCUCUGCACCCAGCUCGAGGUUGGCAAGCCCGUGACCCUCCGCGUUCACCCCAAGGACGGUGGUGCCGCCUUCGACAUCUCCCUCAGCCACACCUUCAACGCUUCCCAGAUCGAGUGGUUCCACGACGGCUCUGCCCUCAACACCAUGGCCCGCAAGGCUUAA